AUGGGCGCGAAAGCAUCAAAACCUGUUCAGUCGGCGACGCGGAAGUUCCCCACGAGGGCGCCCGGUAAUGCCGCUCCACCACAUACUCGACCACAGCCAUCGACGCAAUCUCGUUCGGAGCCCCGCGCUUCGUAUGCGAAAGACGACGCCAUCAAAAGGGACAGCAUAGAUCCAGAUCCGAAUCCCUCGACAAACGCAGCGUUCUCGCAGCGCCUGAAGCAGAUGGGUGUUGCAACGCCGAAUCCGACUCUAUCGAACUCGUCGACAGCAUCUUCCUACCCCGGUUUCCCGGAGCAAAAACCGGGAGCACCCAGUUUUGCUCCGUUAUCCCAGAACCGGACGUUAAGCGCGCUUGAGGCGCGGCAGCGGUUGCAGGAACGCGCGCAGGCCGAGUACGAGGAUAGGAGUAAGGGGAGCGAAUUCCUGGAUGUGGGGACUCUAACGCAGGUCCUCAUAAUGCAAGGGCGAGGUGUCCCGCAUGCCGAUAUCGAGAAGAGGUUUAGGCUGAAGAGCGGCGUUGUCGAGAGGUUAGGUCCUAAGGGAGUUACCGUGCCAUAUGGUCAAAUUUUAUAA